GGACUUUCUUGCGGAUAUUGAGGCGAGGCAAAUCCGAUCAACGGCUGAAAAAAUGGGGAAAAAGGGGAAAUAACAUCAGAUAUAAAAUUGGGCAUUCGUUAGCUUAGCUUAACGAUAUUGUGUGCUGGAAGACGAAAGUGGUGGCUAUAGUGAUAGCGAGAGAAUGAUUCUGAUUAGCCAAGCUCCUGGAGGAGCACUGUCUGCCAGAUGUUCCCUUCCGUCCCCGGCGAAAUUCGUCGAUGCAAAUCCGUCACUCUUCGGCAACCGUAAACCCAAAUUGAUCACCAGACGAAGCCAUGUAAAACCCUUGCAAAUUACUCGCGCCAAGGCCGAGGGAAGCGUCGAGUCAGGUUCAGCUUCCGCUAGCACCACCGCGUCUGCUCCUUCCGCCAAUGACGAAAUGGUUUUCGUGGGUGGAAAAGAUUUCCCUUUGGAAGGUGUGAUCCAAUUCGAGAAACCCAGCAAUUCUUCUCGUUUUCGAAAAUGGGGACGUGUGGCUCUUUUUGCUGGGGGGGAUGUGAUGGCCUUGAUUUUAUUUGCGGCUAUUGGAAGAUUUAGUCAUGGGUUAUCAACUUUUGACAUUGAGACACUAAAAACGGCUGACCCUUUCAUAGCUGGCUGGUUUUUGAGUGCUUACUUCCUCGGAGGUUACGGGGAGGAUGGGCGUGGAAUGAAUGGUCUAUCAAAGGGUGUCAUAGCUACUGCCAAAUCUUGGGCUCUUGGGAUCCCUAUAGGAAUUAUGAUAAGGGCUGCAACGACAGGUCAUUUUCCAAACUACGGUUUCAUUUUUGUGAGUAUGGGAAGCACUGCUGUUUUGCUGACCACGUUUAGAGCAUUAUUAUAUACUAUUUUUCCAUCUAAAAAUAGUAAGAAGAGCGACGAUUAUCGCCGUGGAAGUCCCUUUGAACUUUUUGAGUUGCUUACGUCGUUAGUACGGAGAUGGUAGCGGCUAGUUGAAAAUUCAACCCACUUUUAAUGUGUACAUAUGUUACUAAGAGGGAUCUCAAGGGGGUAGAUGGGGUCCGAAAGGGGAGUACUACGAGAAGCUGCUGCUAAUGCUUCUGUUCGUUUUCACGUAAUACCUUACUGUCCAGAGAAGAUAAUAAAAAUAAUAGUGCAAUAUAGUUUGGCGCAGAAUACUUCAGGGCCAUGAGCACGAUUCUAGGGUAGCUUCUUCUAUAAUACGGAAAUCAGGUUAUGGAUCAUUGGCUUACGUGUUUAAUCUGUGAGCUGCUAUUACUCUUUUGCCUUUUAGUUGUUGAUCUCAUGCCCCUCCAUAAGCAAAGAAUACAUCGUGAUUGCCGCCAACGGCUUCAUCAUUUUCGUAGCAGAAAAGAAGGGAGAAAGAGACAUGGAUAUUAUAAUUAGGGGAAGGGGAAAAAGAGAGUGAACAUUGUGAUAAAAUGCUGAAUAUUACAUCGUUGUCAUGGUCCACAGUUAAUAUUCCUGCAAA